UCGACCGGUUGCAGGAGGCUGGCAGCGCGCGCCGCUUGCGCGUCCUUAGAAAAUAACCCUGCUGAACACUCUGAACUCAUCGCUGAACGCGCCUCAACGGUUCGGAACUCGGCGCGGUUAACGUUGAGUGCGCGUGUCGCACAUCAAUUCCACCUCUCUUCCGACGCCAUCUUGGACGUCCGAUAGGCUUAAUAAGUUGGGAUUAUUAGUGCGCCAGUUCCGCGCGACAGUUCUCUAUUAGAUUUAACACUUCGACAUUCCUCCGACGCAUUGUACUUCACUCGGUCGUCGUGAUACGCGUGAUACGUGUAAACGUAUCGCUCGCGCAUACGUAGAGAAAUAUGUUUUCGAUGUAUUGGCCGCCAUCUUGAAUAAUCCAAACUACAAAACUUACCGCGGGAUAUGCAGUACACUGUUUGAUAAGACGAUACGGUUUGCGUAUUCUCUCGGUUGACUAUGCUGCCGGUGGUCGACUAAUUAUGCAAGUGUUGAAAUUUACGAAUUUAAACAAGUCCCGGGACAUUUAAGAAAUGAUUCCCUUCAUUAAUUAGUAAACGCAUUUAUUUGAUUUUUCAAAAAUACUUUGUGUCAGUGGAGACUAGUCGAUUAAAUGGAUACAUAUAAUCGUAUACCUGGAUUCGUUUAAAGAAUCCUUUGAUUUUCUCAAUAAUAUCACAAGAGGAGUCAAAUAUUGGAUAUACAAUGCAAGGAAUAAAUUUCUCAACAAAGAGAUUCAAAUGUGUGACUUAAAAAUAAAAAUAAAAAUCUAUUGAAUUGACAUUAUUUCAUUUAAAAUUGCCAGCAUUGUUGACAACAAUGCUUAUUGGAAAUGAACAGUCCAUUGGAGCGUGAUUUUGUUGGAUAUAAAUUUUCCUCAUUGGACGAGCCUAGUAAGAAUUCCUCGACGCAGAUUUUAACAGAACUUGAGAACUUCAACUUGGACAACUCAAUUGAAAAUUUACCUUUUGCUGUAUCUCAUUGUGAGAUUUGCAACCAAGAAUUUUUAACGAAGAGAGAAUUGAGGGCUCAUAUACUUUUGCAUUUACGGCAGCCUCGAGUAGUGCUGGAUAGGAUUCCCAAUCUGAAAUCGGUAAAGAAAAAGCAGAGUAAUACGUAUCGGCUGGAUCCAGAAAAAAGUGGUUCAUUGAAAUUCAAGCUGAAAAAGCAAGGUUUUAUCGAUUCCAUUAAGUUGACUCUGAAAAAGUCUUCACAGUCUCAAGACUUCACUGUAGUAAACAGUAAUUUGGAUUUGGAAACAGAAGACUAUUACAAGGAAGACGUGGAAGGGACAAAAGAAGAUGAUCGAAAAGGUAGAAACGAAGCGGAGGCUUCGAUUAAUCAAUCUUUCCAAAACGUGACAUUAAAUCAAGAGCAGGAAAAUUAUGGAAGCCAUGAUUACAAUACCAAAGAACACAACCAGUUGAUCGAGCAUGAAAGACAAUGCAUCGAUGCAAAUGAGGGAGACUCAGGUGUAGGAAGUGACAUGAUGAAUCCAUCGGAGAAAGAGGAUCAAAAUGUAGACGAUGUUUCAUCGGCAGAUCACUUUGAUAAAACGGAGAAGCCUCUCCCAGACAAUGAAGAUCACGAGGAGUCGGAUGCGCUGGAGGCAACUUGUAGAGAGACCAUUGAAAAUCUUAGGAAACUUGGUGAACAAUCAAGACCCAUCAAUUUACGAUCCGGCGAAUCGUCAGUAAAUGAGGAAGAGGAUAUUGAACGACCAUCCGCCAUGACACAGCAACUCGAAGAAGAUACUACCACCGAGAUCAUUUCGAAGUCGUCUGCAUACUCAGUCGAAUCUCCGAAUCAUGUACCGACUUGCACAGAAAAAGAGGACUGUGGGUCAUCCGAAGCAAAUUCGAGUUUCAACUGGAAUCAGCUGUCUACUGAUAUAACUAACAAAUCGGUAGACACUUUUAGUAAAGAGGGCGGAGAAGGUGUUUUAGUGGACAACAACAUUGACAAUGCUGGGUCCCUCUUGCAAACGUUCUUGAUGGAACAUCAGAGACGGAAUCAAAGUGAGACAGCCAUGUCGGGUGCUUUGCCGUUGGGCGAGACGGAGUACGUCUCCUUAGAACGACUGGCGGAGACGGUGAACACAUGUCGUGUUUGUAACGAGAAGUUUAAAGACAUUGCUCAGUUGGAUGAGCACAGGUCCAAAGCGGGACACUACCAGUGUAACAUACCCGAAUGCGCCUCGAUCUUCGGUUCACCGAUGGAAGUGGCAGUGCACAAGGCCCAGGCACACGGACCGCCGCUCUCCCCAAAUAUUGCCCAACUCUCAUCGCACCUCAAUGUAAGCUCACCUCGGAUGAAUCAAAGCUCUCCACACCUGAGCACAACCUCGCCCCAUGCAGCGGGCUCAGUCGACUCCCCGCACACAUCUGGGGGUUCGCAUCAACACAACCGGCCGUCGCCAAUGGCGUCUCCGUUGACGUCGCCGUUGACGUCGCCGUUGACGUCGCCACUUGCCUCCACGCAGCAGGCCGCAAAUGGCUCGCCAACAUACGCCGGUGUACAAAGCACAGCGCAGCAGAUUAUGCCACCGGUCAACUUUGAACAGUUGCCGGCACCCGUGCAGCAAUUGGCACAACAGGUACAGCGCAUGCCUCUGCCUCAAUCGCAGAUGCCCCCGAACCUUCCACCCGGGCCCAACGCCGCAAUGCUGCCUGCAUCCAAUUAUUUCGUCCAGCCACCGGGGAGGCCACCGUUGUACAGAGUCCCCAGCCCCCAGGGAAUGCACUACCCUUCGCACAUUGCCCAUUUGUACUCCCAGUACGGGACGGGGUCCUAUCCACAGAUGCCUGGGCCUCCGCAGAUGCACCCCCAAAUUCCACAGCAGAUGCCGCGGAGGUAUCCCAGCGUUAUGCCAAGUACGAGAGCUCCACGAAUGCCCCAGUCCGGACCCAUACCACGCCAGCGGAUGAAGAGGCCCUUACAACAGCCAAUGCAAGUACAGCAAGGUAAUCCCCCCCAAAAGCAAAGACGAAUGGACGUUUUACUGCCGGAUAGAAACGAAGAUGCGGAUUGCCACGUAAUCGCUCAGCAGAAGCGAAACGACGGGCUUCCUGUUAUCCAGAACGUGCAAGGUGCUACGAGUCAACAGUGUAGCAGGAAUGAUUCCACGAUUCACUUAACAGAUUCUAUUACGCUUAGCGUUCGGCAACCUGGCUCCGCUCCAGCACAACUGCAAAAUACUGCAGGGCUCGGCGGUAAGAAACCUGACGCUAAAGCUGUUGCCAAUGUGUUAGCUGCCAGAGGGAUCACGGUCACUCCGGCGGCGAAUAAAGGUAAAGCCAGUGAACAGAAUAAACAAGUACCCCAGCAGCAACAAAGACUUCCACCUCCGGCACAGCCUAUGAAUGUUACAGCCUUGAACUUGAACUCGGCUAUUUCUAUAAUACCCGCAAGUUCACAGAGGAAACAGCAAGAACAGCAAAACCAAUUCGCUGUACCUCAGAACAAACAGAAUAAGCAGUCGGUCAGUGAGGUCGAACGACCUCCUAGACCGCCUACUGUUGAUCUCACCCAGGAUGGUCCGCCGCCACCUCCUAUGGUUAGAAGGGGCAGACCACCGAGAGCAUUAUUGACGUGUCAGGUCUGUGACAAAAGUUUUCAAAACCAAGAAAUGUUAACUCAACAUAUGGCAAGUCAUCGGGCAACUAGUAAAUUACUCCACAAGUGCAAUCUGUGCAAAGCACAAUACCCGACGUCACAAGAUUUGGCGACGCACAAGCAGACGUAUCACAAAGAAGUCGAUAUGACAGCACAAAAUGGAGGUGCAGAAUUGGCAAUUCCUGUAAUCGACCUGAAAUCUCCUCAAGCUUUGAAUCGAUUGUCAAGUCUUGGUAUUCAAAGUUACAUCCCAUUAUCGCAACUUAGUGCGCAAACUGGUGGUUACUUUGGUUUACCGAUAAUAACUAUAGAUGGCGCAAGGAAUCCUAAUGCUUGCAAUUUAGGGGCACUCGGUGCAACCUCGAUCCUAAGUCUGGGUCCUUUAAAACAUUUGUCGAGUAGGUAACUACAGUUACCUUAAAAGUUGUAUUUUUUGUGCCGUUUCCAUUUUGUGCAAUCCCGCAUAUUUUCUCGUUUAUUUCCGUCGAGAAAGUAAGGAGCGAAGCAAAUUGGAUGAUGAUUAAUAAGGUCGCAUAAUCCGGCAAUUGUACGAUUUUUAUUUAAGAUAAAUAAUUAUGCUGCAGAUUUCACGUAGAUCGAUUGUUUGACUGUUAAAAUUAUGCGCGAUUCAUUUCAAAUCCUAUAAAGUAUUAUAUGAUAUAGCUAUUUACUAUUUUGUGAUAUUAUUUCUAUACUUAUACUUAUUUUCCGAUUGUACCCUCUUACAAGAAAACUGAAAAACAACAUUUGGAAAUUUUUGCGGAACAACUACUUUUGUUGAAACGAAAAAGUAAGUAAAUAGGUAACCGCGAAUGGUCGUUAUAUGUACGCACAUUAAUUGCGUAAAAUGAACAGGUUUAUAAAUUUGUUAGUUACUACCGGCAUCAUGAGUUGACGGGAAUAUCCUGUAGAGUUCAGUGACUUCAAUGAGUCGGUUACAAUCGUACGUUUUUUUUAUUUAUGCUUAUUUAUAUGUACUCCUAUAUUUCAUUCAACAGUUUAUCUAUUAGAAUGAUUUUUAACUGUCGGUUCACUUAUGAAUGUAUGCAAAGAUUAAGGAAACUUUAGAUGAGUCUAUAGAAGAGAUAAUUGUCUUGAAGAUCCAUGCUUUUAGAAAAAAUUAAAUCGCUUAAAACUGAAGUAUCUGGGGAUUUAUUUUAAACGAGACGAAAAAAAAUACGUAACAUUGAUUGGAUAUUAGAAGUGACGUCGCGGUGUUAAUAAGUAAAAAUAUAUUUGUUUAUGCUUUUGCAGAUUAUUUAACAUUUUUAGGUGUAUAUUUAUUCAUUCAAUUUUCAUACAUAUAAGUCCCAAAUGAUUUAUUUUUGUCCACAUCUUUUAAACAUGCACAAAAGUCUGCAUUCAUGUCAAAUUCUUAAUCCCCAUUUCAUCUUUCAAUAAAUAUUACAUACUUAUGUUGCAAUCAUCGUGUUCGAGAUAAGAUUAAUUUCAAAACAUAUCCCCCGUUUAAUAUAUGAUUUUUUGAUACGAUUACAAUUAAUGCAACGUAGUCUUCCGUCCCUUUCUUGAUGCUUCGGAUAUUGUGAUCUAUUUCUUAUAGUAAUAUUUUGUUUGAAAAUACGUAAUGUAACAACUACAAGAAGAACUUCAUUCUUUUCUAUUGUGCAACAAAUUUUUAAAUAUCAAUAUGCACUAUAAAUUGGCAUGUUUAUUCCUCGAUGAGAUACGAAGAAAAAUGUUAUCUUUAGACCUUUAUAAUUUUGGGUAUUAAAAUAGGCGUGACAAUUAUCUCUUCUUUCAUUGAAAAUUAUUAACUAUAGCUUCCCAAGACAGUUUCUACUUUGCGCGUUUCAUGUUUAUACAUGUAAAUAUAUAUUAAUUUACUAGAAUUCUAUUUUAAAUCGACAAGAUAUGUAGUAGGGUAUGCUUUAACUCGUUAAGUUGAAAAAAUUGAAAUAUCUACUUUUGAACGUAGCCUUGUUACAGAAGCGCAACAUUAGUUUGUACUUAUACCCUGCAUUACUGACUCAACGUCCUGCAUUGUUUUUUUUUUUUAAUUUAUUUCAGACAUUGACCCUCGCCUAAACCCUUAUUCAUAAUUAUUUAUUACUAUCUUUCGAUAUGGUCUUCGUUGUAAAUAAUUAACGAAUUUCUUUUCUUAUACAUAAGAUGCUUUGACAACGAUUAGAAGAAUAAUCUUCUUUUUAACAUCAGUAGGUCAGAACUGACUUAACAUUUCACCGUUGUAAAUAUCUGUAUUAUAAUAAGAUAUCUAGCGCUGCUACAGUGAAGGGUGGACAUGCAAGAUACUAUUAAUCGUGUUGUUUGCAAAGACAAAGAAAAAAUAGAAACAAUGGAAACUGAUCCAAAUGGUUAGAGUGGAAUUUUAAUACCGUAUUCACUUUCUAAAUUUGUCAAAAAAUUAUCUACAAAUACCACGAAUGUCUUCUUCACAUGCUGAAAUAUGAUCUAAGAUUUGUUAAACAUACGUAGAGUAUGGGGGAACAAUCAUUUAAGUCUACUUCACUAAGAAAAAUCAGUGUCAUAUAAUGUCUCUAUUGAAUGUUCUCGACAAGUGGCAAAUAACUUCUAUGAAAAGAGAUGAACGUGAAUAGUUCCUCCCCUAAAAUUUUCGAACGUGAUACAUUGUAUACUUUGAAAAUUUAUAUCAUAAAUAAGAAUGAAUUUAUUUUGAAAAUGCCGAUAUUAGAUUAAAUUUGUACAGUAAAUAUUCAAGUGAGGUAUAGUUACAACAAAUCUUGGAUUCACACAUUGCUAUAUUGGCAUUAUUAUCUGUCGGCACAUGUUCCAAGAAUGCAUAUAAUAGAACUUGUAAAACGAAUAAUACGUACUGCUGGUAUUUGUAGCGAAUUGUGUAUAAAGUGAUGUACAGUAAAGUAAAUUGAAUUUUUUAUAUUCGA